AUGGAUAAUGCUACCCCCACAUCGGACAAUGUAUUUACGAACACCGAGUUGGACAAAUUGAACAAAUUAAAACAUUCCAAAUUGGCUGUUAACGAAAAUAUAAUUAGAUCUGACUUUUCACAAACAGACAGUAGCGUUUUUUUUACAAUAUAUAAAAAAAAUGUCGAAAAGGAUAAUUUCCUUUACUACAUAAGAGAUGAUUAUCUUUUUUUAACAAUAUUAAUUAACGAGGAUGAAAUAUACAGCCUGAAAAAGAAUCUUUUUUCAAAGAUUUUGCCCCUACAAACAAGAAUAAACAUAACACCUAUGAAAGUAGAAGUAAUUCUAGAGAAAGAAGUUAAAGACCUUGAAUGGAGUCAAUUAGAAAAAAAGGAGAAAAGUAUUCCUUUGCAGAAAAAGGAAAAUAUCUUAAACCCGUUCAGCGGCAAGAGCACUCAGGAGUGGGACAAACUAACGCAGUCAAUUAAGGAGGAAGACGAUGAAGGAGGCAUAGAUAACUUUUUUAAAAAAAUAUAUGACCAGGGAGAUGACGACACGAAGCGUGCCAUGAUAAAGUCAUUUCAAACGUCCUGUGGCACUGUACUUUCUACAAACUGGAAAGAUGUUCAGAACAAAAAUUACGAAAAGGAAAUAUAG